AUGAUGCUGAUUACAAAGAAAAAGUCAAUUGUUUUCUUCCUAUUAAUACUGCAUAUAUAUAUUGACGAGAGUAUCAGUCAAUGUGAUGUCUACGAAAAUAAUAUUUAUCAAGUAACAACUCAAUUUCCUAAUUAUAAGCCAUAUUAUAUAUUUCUUACUUUAUUAUCGAAUGGUAUAUUCAAUGAGGAAACGAACAUUUCUAAUGGUCAAAGUACAGCUGAACUUGGUUCACAUCUUGUGUUUGGAACACGUACUGGUUACUAUCAAUGUCCAAAUGCAAGUUAUGUUCAUUUAACUGAUUUUGGUUAUAUUUUUAAAAAUAGUGAACUCUCCGUUUUCACAAACAAUGGAGCUCUAAUUAUUCAGGAUUAUAAUCUUUAUUUUGCACCUCCUAACUAUACAACGUGUACUGGUCAAUUAAACGCCGCAUUUUAUCCGACUGGCUCAGAUCCAUUCGAAAAUCAAACUCAGCCUAUCUAUUCAUAUCCAAUUCGAAAUUUGACAUGUGAACUCUUAAGCGGGAGACAUUAUGUUUGGCCACCUGGUACUUAA